CUCUUUCAAACGCGUGGUCUAAAAUGUGCUGGCUGCAAUCUUGGUAAAGACUACUAUAGUGAUGGUUACUGUUGCUUUCGUUCUGGACUCUUCUUUCACAAAGAGUGCGCCGAAUCCAAUCCAAAAAUUUCCAGCUUUUACCAUCCACAACAUUCUUUGUACAUCAAGAUACUUGCAGAAAAUGAAGAAGCCUAUGGAAAUUGCAAGCUUUGUAGAGGUAACUUGCCAAAAAUAUAUUACUAUUGUUUAAUAUGUGAUUUUUCCAUCGAUUUGAUAUGUGCAAAAAAAGAAGUUAUGGAAAUAAUUGAGGGUCCAAAAGCACAUGAGCAUCCUUUAUUCCUUCUUCCAAAGAUGACUAUGUUUACUUGUCAUUUAUGUGGGCUGCAAGAUGACCGGUUCCCUUAUGCAUGUAACUUAUGCAAUUUGAGUUUUCACAAAGAUUGUGCCGAAUCCACACCAGAGAUGAAGUAUUCUUGUCAUCCUAAACACAUUCUCAAGCGUCUCACACGUGUUCCAAGGUACACAGAUGGAAAAUGUUGUUUGUGUGAAAACAAACUUCAUUACAUAUUUUAUCAUUGUUCUAUUUGCAAUUUCAGUGUGGAUAUCAAUUGUGCAAAGAAUCCACUUCCUUCCACUAUUGUUCACCUUAAGGCUCAUGAGCAUUUACUCACCCUUAUGCCUCAACGGAAUUUUGUUUGUGAUGCUUGUGGAAUGGAUGACGACCCAAAUCCAUAUGUAUGUCUUCCAUGUAAUUUCAUGAUCCAUCAAAAUUGUAUUGAUAAACCAAGCAUCAUAAAGAUUUAUCGUCAUGAUCAUCGUCUUUAUUACAAUCAUUGCCUUGACGCUGGAGAUUGGAAAUGUGGAGUGUGUAAUAAAGAGAUAAACUGGACAUGUGGGGCUUAUUCUUGUUCAAAGUGUCCUGAUUUUGCCAUUCAUCCAAGAUGUGUCAAAAGGUUUGGCAUUUGGGAUGGGAUUGAACUCGAAGGAAUACCAGAAAAUAAUGUAGAGGUAAAGUCAUACGAGGUGAUAGAAGAAGGAGAAAUAAGGCAUUUUAGUCACGAGAAGCAUAAUUUAAAGCUUCAAGAAGAAAGUGAUGCUAAUAAUGAAUGCAUGUUGUGUAAAGCAUGCAAUUAUCCUAUAUAUUCUAACUCAUUCUACAGUUGCAUGGAAUGUGAUGAUUUCAUCCUUCAUAAAAAAUGUGCUGACCUCCCAAAAAAGAAAAUAGAUCCCUUCUACAACAUGUUGACUACUUUAAUCACAAAUGAUAUUCGCAUAAGCAUUUGCAAUGCUUGUCAAAACGUUUCUCAAGGUUUUACUUACGUAAGUGAUGAUCAUAAGAUUAUCUUGGAUGUGCGAUGCGGUUCUAUUUCGGAACCUUUUGUCCAUGAAAGUCAUCCUCUUCAUUCGUUAUACAUCAGCCGCUCAACAGAAGAAAAGUUUUGUAUUGCUUGCGGAGAUAAGGCUACUAUGGUUUUGAGUUGCGAGGAGUGUGACUUUAUUUUAGACAUUAAAUGUUCUAAUUUGCCAAAGAUGGUUAAACACAAAAAUGAUAAAGACCAUUUGUUGUCCCUAUGUUACGGAGAAAAAACAAGUGAGCAGUACUGGUGCGAGAUAUGCGAGGAAGCACUAAACGCAAAGAAAUGGUUUUAUUCAUGUGAUGAUUGUGACAUUACUUUUCAUAUCAAAUGUACGCUUGGAGACUUCGUAGGGAUGUAUCAGGAAGCUAAGGAUGAGUCAUUCCAAACUUAUAUGAUUCUUAAUAAUCAUAUAAAUCGACCAGUUUGUUGCUGUUGUGAGUCUCGCUGUCAAUUCUCUUCCAUCUUAAGGUUUUAUGGAAAAUUAAUAUGUUCUCUACAAUGUUUGCAAAAGAAGUUCCAAGAAUUACAUGAUGAUAUAUCCUGA